AUGACGCCCCUCGGCUCGGCAUUGCGGGACCGUGUACUCGGCCCGAUGAUUGUGCAGCCAGCCCAAUCAGGCCGCCUCAAGAAACCAGUCUAUGUGAUUGUGAUAACAGACGGCGAGCCGAACAACCAGCGCGAAAAGGACCUCGUCGGCACGAGUAUCAUGGAGGCGCGCAACGCCCUCUCUCGUACGCGGUACGGUGCCGACGCGUUAUCCCUCCAAUUCGCGCAGGUCGGCGACGACGCCGACGCACUGGCAUUCCUCCAGGGCCUCGAUAAACACCCCCAGAUCGGAGACCUCAUUGACCAGACUGCCGGAUAUGUGCACGAGGCAGCAGAGUACAAUGCCGCAACGCGGGGCGACCCCAACGCCGAGCAGUUCACUCCGGCAUUCUGGACCCUCAAGAUCCUCCUGGGCGGUAUCGACUCGGAGUAUGAUUCCAAGGAUGAGGGACGACAGGUGUACCGCGCGGCAGUGGACCAGAGUUGGGCGCAGGCGUGGCAGAAUGGUCCGCCAGCGUACGGCCAGCAGCAGCAGCAGCAGCAGCAGCAGCAGUUUGGUGGGGGCGGUUAUGGCCAGCCCCAGCAGUUUGGCCAGCAGGGGUAUGGUCAGCAGCAGUUUGGCCAGCCCCAGCAGGGCUAUGGUCAACAAGGCUAUGACCAGUAUGGCGGUCAACAACAGUUUGGUGGUCAGCAGUACGGUCAGCCGCAGGGCCAGUUCGGCGGCGGCGGCGGCGACUACAACCAGCAACAGGGAUACGGGCAGCAGUUCAGCCCGCCCCAGUCACAGAACUUUGGUGGACCUAGCUACGAUGUCCGGCCGCCAGCUGGCAGUUACACCCACCCCGGCUACGGCAAGCACUAG